AGUCGGUUGUUUUUUGCGCGAACAUCUUUGUAGAUGUUUUCUCUAUGUGUCACGCGCGCUUGCACACACGCGCACAUACACAUGCACUGCGCGGCAAGCGCGCGAAAGAAGUGAAGCGCUCGAGCAGCCGCGUCCUCCAGAGCAGCAGCAUCACUGAGCUCAGUCGUUCGGGGUUGUCAACGAAACGUCGCACGGAUACCCUCACUCGGAUUGCUCGCCCUCUACGACCUCACCUAUACCGAUAUCUACACGGAAACAGUUUGCGGAUAUAGAUGCUACUCAACUGUCAACUGUCUGGAAUAUAUUUGUGUGUUAAAUUUGCGUUCGCAAUUGCGGCUGACUCGUAAGAGCGCUCCACACCUUUGCGUAACGGAAGAGACGCAGAGACGGCGGAUUGUGUUUUGCGCAUUUGCUUGUUUAUUAAGAAAAGAGGGAUUGAAUCGGACAGAAUUUGAUAAGGACCGGUGUGGAACACGAAAGGAGAACCAGCAUAGUUUUUAACCUCAUCUGAGCCUGGGCAUCCGCUGGUUUUACGCAUCUCAACUGGGUCCGCAGGAAUUACUGCACUGAACCAUCAACGACUGUCAAGAUCGAGCGCACGCCACACCGCAAAACCAUUGCAUUGCAUACACUGCAUCUUAAACCAUCAAAUGCCUUUUUUCCAAGACGAAUCUUAAGAUUGCGAUGCCCGGACAGUGAGAAGGUAGAUAGUUGUUCUUCCUGAACGGUAGCAUGGCUCCGUCCCGGAGGGACUGCAGAUAUGAGAUGAUCUUUCUGUCGGGAUGCCUACUCAUGUCCGUCUUGGGAUUUCAGCCGGUAUUGGCGAAGGUUUGCCACGAUUAAUCAAGGCAUGGCCUGGAUAACAACUGGUACACGAGGGACGGUGAGAAGUUGCCCAUCAUGGUCCUGAUGCCGAUGAACGAGUCGGCGAUGAUGAGCAGCAUCAGUCAAGGCAUCGAGCCUGCCGUUCAGCUGGCCAUCCAACACAUACGCGAGUCCAGACAGUACUCCUUCUCACUCAUCACUAAAAUCUACGACACGGAGUGUGACAAUGCGAAGGGAUUGCGGGCCUUCUUUGAUGCAAUCUGCUACGGUCCAAAACAUUUGAUGAUCUUUGGAGGAGUUUGCCCGUCAGUGACAUCAAUCAUUGCUGAAUCGUUGGAGGGUUGGAAUCUCGUACAGCUUUCUUUUGCGGCCACGACUCCUGUGCUGGCGGACAAGAAGAAAUAUCCGAACUUCUUUAGGACGGUCCCUUCAGAUAACGCUGUGAACCCUGCUGUGGUGAAGUUUCUCAACUAUUACAACUGGAGCCGAGUGGGAACCCUGACCCAGGACGUCCAGCGCUUUUCUGAGGUGCGGAAUGAUUUGACCAAUGAGCUGGAGAAGGCAGACAUCCAGAUUGCAGACACAGAGAGUUUCUCUAAUGAUCCCUGUGUGAAUGUGAAGAAACUGAAGGACAACGAUGUUCGGAUCAUCAUCGGUCAAUUUGAUGAGAAUCUGGCCGCCAAAGUCUUCUGCUGCGCCUAUAACCUGAACAUGUAUGGCAGUAAGUACCAGUGGAUCAUCCCGGGAUGGUAUCAGGGGAACUGGUGGGAGCAGGCAAACUCCACUAACUGUACGACUAAGAAGCUGCUGACAGCUAUGGAGGGGUAUAUCAGUGUGGAUUUUGAGCCCCUCAGUGCCAAACAGAUUAAGGGAAUAUCAGGAAGGACACCGCAGGAAUAUGCAAGGGAAUACAAUCGAGAGAGAGAGCAGAAAGGAGUGGAGACCAGCAAGUUCCACGGCUUCGCCUACGAUGGAAUCUGGGUGAUAGCGAAGACCCUCACCCGUGUCAUGGAGAUCCUCAGACACAAGGAGAGACACGAUAUGUACCACAACUUCACAGUGGAUGAUCGCGAGGUGGGCAAGAUGGUUCUGGACGUCAUGAACGAGACCAACUUCUUCGGAGUCACGGGUCAAGUGAUGUUCAGGAACGGAGAACGCAUGGGGACCAUAAAGUUCACCCAGUUUCAAGAGGGUCAGGAGGUGAAGGUGGGUGAGUACAACGCCAUCGCAGAUGUACUGGACCUCAUCAACCACACCAUCAGGUUCCAAGGUGUUGAACCGCCAAAGGAUCGGACGUUUGUGCGUCUGCAGCGCCGGCAAAUAAACGUCCCCCUCUACAGCAUCCUGUCCACCAUCACAAUACUGGGCAUGCUGAUGGCAGGAGCCUUCCUCUUCUUCAACAUCAAGAACCGCAACCACAGGCUGAUCAAAAUGUCAAGUCCUUAUAUGAACAAUCUAAUCAUUUUGGGAGGGAUGCUGUCGUACGCCUCCAUCUUUCUCUUCGGUCUGGACGGAUCCUUUGUGUCGGACAAGGAAUUUGAGACCCUCUGCACUGUCCGUACUUGGAUCCUUAUUGUGGGUUACACAACAGCUUUUGGUGCAAUGUUUGCAAAGACCUGGAGAGUGCACGCCAUCUUCAAGAACGUAAAGAUGAAGAAAAAGAUCAUCAAGGACCAGAAGCUCUUUAUCAUCGUGGGUGGGAUGUUGCUGAUUGAUUUGUGCAUUCUCAUUUGCUGGCAGAUUGUGGAUCCCCUGAAGAGAACUGUGGAAGAGUACAGCUUGGAGGCGGAUCCUCAGGGACGAGACAUCGCAAUCCGGCCCUUCCUGGAGCACUGCGAGAACACGCACAUGACCAUUUGGCUGGGGAUCGUCUAUGCCUACAAAGGCCUCCUUAUGUUGUUUGGAUGUUUCUUGGCCUGGGAGACCAGAAACGUGAGCAUUCCGGCCCUGAAUGACAGCAAGUACAUCGGCAUGAGCGUUUACAACGUGGGCAUCAUGUGCAUCAUCGGGGCAGCCGUGUCCUUCCUGACCCGGGAUCAGCCUAACGUGCAGUUCUGCAUCGUGGCACUGGUCAUUAUCUUCUGCAGCACCAUCACGCUAUGUCUAGUGUUUGUGCCAAAAUUCGUCACGAUGCAAACAAACCCGGAUGCUGCCACCCAGAACCGGCGGUUAAAGUUCACUCAGAACCAGAAGAAGGAAGAUUCUAAGACGUCCACCUCGGUAACCAGUGUUAACCAGGCUAACACGUCCCGUCUGGAUGGACUCCAGACAGACAAUCACCGUCUCCGGAUGAGAAUUACAGAGUUGGAUAAGGAACUGGAAGAGGUCACCAUGCAACUGCAGGACACUCCGGAAAAGACUCCAUACAUCAAACAAAACCACUACCAAGACGUCAAUAACAUCUUGAGCAUACGCAACUUCACGGACGGCAAAGAUGGAGAGAAAUCUCUGAAGAACCACUUAGAGCAGAAACCUCAGGCUCAAUGGGGAUCUAUGGAUCCAUCUAGGAUAAGCAGAGGUCCAUUAGAAGACAUCAACUCACCAGAACACAUACAGCGCAGACUGUCCCUGCAGCUGCCCAUCCUGCACCACGCCUAUCUGCCCUCCAUAGGGGGUGUGGACGCGAGCUGCGGCAGUCCCACGGGCAGCCCGUCCUCCAGCCCCCGCCACAGACACAUGCCUCCCUCCUACAGGGUUAUGGUCUCCGGCCUGUGAGUCUCACCCCAGACCUGCACUCUGAGGAAGCCAUCAGCUUUUUUAAAAACAGACUGAGCAAUAUCAGCGGUUAACGGAAACGUGCGAGCAACCCGCCGUGGUCGGACUCUUCAUGCACCCAUGACCCCUUUCCCACCAUCCAUGGCCACAUCAGAGCAGGACUGAUCAUUCAGGCUAGGAGGGAGGUGAUGCGUUUUCAGUUCCGUCACCUCCCGCCUUCGUCGGACCCCCAAAACAGCAGCAAAGAUCAACAGAGGACAGGACCCGUAGCCUUACCUGCUUCAAAGAGACGCUUCUACCGGCGGCCUUUCAACUCCUUCAUGGACAUCGAUUCUGCCGGAACUCGCUGCAAAAGGACGAUCCUCGUUCACCACGCCAAUAGCCGUGUAAAUAUCACAUUCAGACAUCAAAGCGAGCUUUGAAUAUGCCUGGAAAUGAAUUCUUCGGGGAUGUUUUAUUCUGAUGUGGCCUGGGAAAAGUUACAAACUGUUAUCAAUCCGGGAAGAGACACGUGCACAAACCGUUCGGUAUGAAUUUGUUGUAUUGCUUCUGUGUCCCCAUAGUGUGAAAAACAUGGUUAUUGGUAAACAAGACUAUUAAAAUAUCCUUUUUUAAGAUAAAGAGAACAAGUGUUUCAGGGUAACACGGGCCAACCGUUCCUGCCUGGAUUGACAUGUACCGCACUUUCGCAGAAUCGCACAGCGUUUUUUUCCACGUGGCACAGGCCUGACGUGGUAACAGAGUAUCGGAAGUACAAAGAAUCAUGGAGAGACUCUAAAAAAACAGGAUGGCGUCCUCAGAAACCCAGGUCCAGCUGACCGAGCCUCCAUUCAAAGCAAAUGUGAAACAGCCGGGGUGCGUGCAAACGGCCUAGUGAGGCGAUUUCAGAGGGUCAGUCUUCCAUUACAGCAGCGUGUGUUGAUCCUGCGUCCUGCACCCCAUCAGAAGCACGCAGAUGCUACGGAUGUACAAUAGCAGUCACGUGACCGGGCUGUUAGAGAACAAGAAGACUCACAAAUUGCGAUAAUAACAGGGAAGCGGUAUUCCACGCAGAGCAAAACCAAAAUAUCUUCGCAGAAAGAUGCGAGGUUACACAAAAGAACUGGUCCACGCAACAAGACAGACGCUAUAUGUUGUAUUAAAACAGUGGGACUGAAACAUUAGCACAAGUGUAAUUAACGUAAUAAGAAUGAGUCGUUUUGACUCGCCGGUGCAGUCCUCUGUUUGGUUUAGUUUCUUCUUGGUUGAUGAAAAACACAUUUGGGAAUCUUCUACGGUUGUACAUUUGGGCUCAAAGGGCUUGGAUGGAGGUGCAGGUGAGGAGAAUAAGAUCCCAGAGAAACGGCAGAAGGUCCGUCGGUCUCCAAGCGACAUUGUGAAAAAACUCGCCUAGCUCACCUAGCAACAGUGAUCUUACCUCAUAGUUGCUAUUGAAACGUUACUGUGUGCUGUGAACUUUGCACAAUGUUUUUGCAGAGAUAGAGGAGCAUCUGCAUAUAGCCGUUGUUAUAUUUUGUAAAUCUAUAUCGAGGAAAUGUAAUAGAAAUACAAAUGAUGGGAAAUAAGCUACGUGU